UUGCCAAAGUCAUCUCGAUCUACACUGCAAACACCAUCAUUUGCAGGAUGGCGUCGGCUUCUUCCUCAGCGACUGACCCAGCCGGGCAAUCUGAGCUGCCCGUCGUCGUGGUCUGCAUCGGCAUGGCAGGAUCUGGCAAGACGACUUUCAUGCAACGGAUCAUCGCCCACCUCCACGCGAAAAAGGAGCCGCCGUAUGUAAUCAACCUUGACCCAGCCGUCACGAAUACGUCGUUCCAGAGCAAUAUCGACAUUCGCGACUCGGUAAACUACAAGAAGGUGAUGGAAGAGUACCGUCUAGGGCCCAAUGGGGGCAUCACGACAUCUCUCAACCUCUUCGCAACAAAGGUGGAUCAAAUCCUGGGCCUCCUGGAGAAGCGGGCCGCGCUAGACCCGGCGAAUCCGACACGCAAGCCAAUCAAGCAUAUCCUCGUCGACACGCCCGGGCAGAUUGAAGUGUUCAUGUGGUCAGCGUCAGGAACCAUCCUACUCGACUCGCUCGCUUCGUCGUUCCCCACCGUCAUUGCCUACAUAAUCGAUACCCCGCGUACGAGCUCCACGGCGACAUUCAUGAGCAACAUGCUGUACGCCUGCAGUAUCAUGUACAAGUCGAAGCUGCCCAUGAUUUUGGCGUUUAACAAGACCGAUGUCAAGGAUGCGUCGUUCGCCCAGGAGUGGAUGACCGACCUUGACGCUUUCCAAGAGGCUCUGCACGGGGACGAGAACCGCAACGCUUUUGGUGGGGUGGAAGGCGAAGGCGCUGGGACGGGAUACAUGAGCAGCCUUCUGAACAGCAUGAGCCUGAUGCUGCACGAGUUCUACCACCAUCUUAACUUGGUCAGUGUCAGCGCCCUGCAGGGGAUCGGAAUCGAUGAGUUCUUCGAGGCGGUCAAAGAAAAGGCCGAGGAGUUCAAGCGGGAUUACCAACCCGAGCUGGAGCGCAGGCGCGCCGAGAGGGAAGAGGACAAGAAGAGGCGGCGGGAAAAGGAACUGGAGAAGAUGAUGAAGGGCAUGUCAAUGGGCGGGGCGGUUCCGUCAAGCGCUGCCGGAGAAGCCAAGGACGAGGAUGACGAUGCCUUGGGGCCACUGAGGGAACUGAGCUCAGAUGAAGACAGUGACGAUGAGAUCGACGACGAGCAGGACCGAGAGGGACUCCAGGCCAGAUACGAGGCGGCGAUGCAGCAGCAAGAGGACUCUAUUACGGCCGAUGCCAGCUUUGCCAAGUACCUGCACACACAGCGCUGACGAUAGCGGUGAGCGCAGAAGGAAGGGGCGCAGCGCACAGGUUUCGUGCGACGGGGAAACGGGCAUCAGACAUGCAUUAUCGGCGUUUGGACAUGAUACCAGCUUUAGGUAGACCAAGGAUUGACAGGGGAACUCAAAAAUGAUACCUCGUUACCCUAUUUUUGCCUCUUCAUAUCCCCCAAAACGCCGUACCCGAAUGCAAUACCCAGUGGCUGUUAUCCUCCCCGGCUUCCUUCUGCCUCACAUUUGCAAGACGGCAUGGGGAAGCCGUCGUGCGCGCCAUCGUUGUCCCCCUCCUCCCAAGCCCGUCUUCCAACCAACGACCACAGAUCCAGAUCCAAGGAGCGUCAGCUACCUCGCCUCGAACUGAACCAUC